AUGAUAUCAUUGCAAGGCAAAAUAUUAGAUUUAGACAGUCGACCAAAGAAAUGGCUGGCGAGCGGUGGAGGUGGCGGCCGCGGCCUGUUCUGCUACCACUGUCCGCCCAGCCUUCCGCCGCACCAGCACCGCUUGCCCACGCUGGAGUACCCCUUCACCGCAACUCACCCUUAUACAAGCUACUCUUAUCACCCGGCGAUACACGAUGACACUUUCGUGCGCCGCAAACAGAGGCGUAAUCGCACCACCUUCACAUUACAACAGUUGGAAGAGUUGGAGACGGCGUUCGCUCAGACCCACUACCCCGACGUGUUCACGAGGGAGGAUCUCGCUCUCAAGAUCAAUCUCACGGAAGCAAGAGUGCAGGUUUGGUUUCAAAAUCGGAGAGCAAAAUGGCGGAAAGCGGAGAGGUUGAAAGAGGAACAGCGGAAACGGGAGGGUGCUGAGGCCAUGGCGAAGAGGGAUCCAUCUGAUGAUAAGGGUUCUUCAGAAUGUGGGAUGUCGCGAGGAUCGGGCGAUGCUUCCCCGAUGUCUGGUGCCGGAGUGUCCCCGCGCGCCUCGCCCCCCGUCACUCCAGGCUCCCCUCGGCGAUCACCACACCGGUCUCCUAACCGUUCUCCUAGACUUGAGAGGUCGGACACCAACUGUGUUUCGCCGGCACCAUCCGUUGGCAGCACGGGCUCGAGGGAUGCCCCACCAGAACCUCGGCCGCCUCACCAUCUCUUCUCACCCUUUGACCAUACCGGUGCCUUUCGUUCUUCGCCAGCGAGCAGUUCUGACCCGACGCCCGCUCCUCCGCCACCACUGUUCCUACCACCACACCUCUCACACUUGUCGCAACAUCUCAGCCAUCUGUCGCAGCCGUUUUUCCCAUUGAAAGGUUGGGGAGCUCCAUGCCCUUGCUGUCCCAAAGAGGAAGCACGCUCAUCCAGCGUAGCAGAGUUACGUCGCAAGGCGCACGAACACUCGGCGGCAUUGCUACAAUCCUUGGCAAACUUCCAGUCAAGAGCGUUUGCAUUGCCGCUGCCUUUGCCCCCGUUGCCGCUGCCGUUGCUCCACGAGCCACCGACCUCGGCAGCACCGCCGACCGACCCAUCCAAACAUUUAGAAUAAUAUUAUUGGAUGUUUCACCAUUACUGCUGAUUUAGAUUAAUAUUACUGGAUCCUUCACCGUUACUCUUGAUAGGUUUCGAUGUUUUUGCUGCACGUAUACCGCUGCAAAGUGAUGUAAAGUUAUUAACUUCCCAAGACAUAGAAUUUAAACUUUUAAAUUGUAGCUUCAUAGCCAAUAGUUCCUAUUUCACCGGAUACUAUGUGGCAAACCUUUUUAUGUUUCCUACUUGUAAUUUUAUUGCGUGAUAUCAGUCAACAGUCGACAGUGAUGCACAAAGCGUAAACUAUAGCCACAUAUAAACAAUUGUUAAGUACCUACCCGACUAGGUUUGUUAAACCUUGACACUGUUGACAUUGGUUUUCUCCAAGCUAUGGAGGAGGAUGUAAAAAGCUGUAUGGCUAUCUUGCAAAUGUCAAGCUCAGUGGAAUUCGUUGAAAAGAUUCCUGGAGAUAUCGUUUACGCUGCCACUCUCCUUGUCCCCAACAUUUAAUGUAACUGUUACUGUUACUGGAUGUAUCACUAUU